AGUCACGUGGUUUUACUGUCAUGGCCACCGCGUAGGUUAGUGAAGUGGACGGCCGUCUGCACAAAAAAAACUGAUUCAACAUCAUAUACGAGAAGAUAGAGAAGGAAGGUUUUCGUUGUUUCCAGAUGGGUGAUGUGGAUAGAUAUGUUGGGUAGACGAUGUUAAAUUCUGAAAGAGAACAAUCCUGACAGCUUUGGAGACCUUAAACAUAUUUUUGAAAUACAUAUUGGAUACAGUGCCCCCCCCCCCAGCAAUCAUGCUCAGAAAUCCGGUGAUUGUGGAGUCACUCGUAGUGUUUGCCAUCGUCUUUUGCGUGCACCUAGUGGUCUGGAACCAGCUGUCUUGGUGUUGCAUCGCUUUGGCCAUCCAGGCUUUCUACGUGCAGCAGAAAUGGGACCGGCUGUUGCAGUCCGGCGGGGCGGUCUUCCAGUUCCGGCCAUCAGCGAACAGCGGCAUCCUGUCGGCUUGCAUGGUUAUUCCCCUGCUGGGACUGGCCCUGAAGGAGCGCUGCGUGGCCUCCGGCAAUGUGUACUUCGAGCGCUUCUCCAUGGUGGUCACGGUCACCGGCAUGAUGCUUUCGCUCUUCCUCUCGCUGAUUGCCCUCGGCAUCACACGGCCCGUGCCGACCAACACGUGCAUCAUCGCCGGCAUCGCCGGCAGCGGCGUCAUAUACACCACCAAGAAGACCCUGACGGUGUCCGAGGUCAUCGAGGUGCUGGAGGUCCUCCUGAUCUUCGUCUACCUUAGCCUGAUCAUGCUGUACUUGCUUCCCCGCUGCUUCACGCCCGGAGAGGCCCUCAUCAUGGUGGGAGGCAUCAGCUUCAUCAUCAACCAGCUCAUCAAGCGCUCGCUCAACCUGGCUGAGGUGAAGGGCGAUCCCGUCAACUAUUUCCUCCCCGUGGUCCUGGUGGGAACGCUACUCUUGGGCGUCAUCUUCGCCCUGCUCUUCUGCUUCAUGGAGUCCGAGACCUGGGUCUCCGCCGUGUUCUUCUACACCAUGUCGGCCGUGCUGGGCCUGGGCAUCAUCGUUCCCUGGCUCUCACUGCUCAUUCGCAGGCAUCCGAUCAUGUGGCUGCUGGACUUCCUCACGCACAGCCAGACACGCCUCUACCUGCUGGCCUAUUGGGUCCUACUGGCUGCCCUGGCCUCCGUGGUUGUCUUGCACCAGAACUACAAGAGGGCAUCUGGCUCCAAAAAGCACCAGGCCUCGACGGUGGUGAGGAAGUAUUUCCACCUCAUUGUGGUUGCCACGUACGUGCCGGGAUUGAUGUACGAUCGACAGCUGCUCCACGUAGCCUCGGUGACCUGCCUCGCCGCCUUCCUGCUCUUGGAGUACGUGAGGUAUUUCCGAAUCCGUCCGCUGGGGCAGGUCCUGCGGCAGCUGCUUACGCUUUUCCUGGACGAACGCGACUCGGGGCCCCUCAUCCUCACACACAUCUACCUGCUCCUGGGCAUGUCCCUGCCCAUCUGGCUCUUCCCGGGACCUUGCGCCCCGAAAGGGAGCCUGCCUGGGGCUGCGGGUCUAGUGCCCUAUGCCGGAGUCCUGGCGGUAGGUGUGGGGGACACCGUGGCCUCGAUUUUUGGCAGCACCAUGGGGGAAAUCCGGUGGCCCGGGACAAAGAAGACCAUGGAAGGUACUGCCACGUCUGUCUUUGCCCAGAUCAUCGCCGUGGCGAUUUUCCUCAUCUUCGACGAGGCCGUCAACCUGAAUGCCAGCUAUGCAUGGGUCUUGGGAUCCAUCACUCUGGUGUCUAUGCUGGAGGCCUACACCGCUCAGAUAGACAACUUGCUCCUUCCCCUGUACCUCUUCAUUCUCCUCUUGAUCUGAGCAAGGCCUGAGACCUCUAGUGGCCUGGUGAUGGUAACACUCUGAGAAUUACGGAAGAUCUAAUUUGAUCAUGCUUGAAGAUGGAUAGAUCUGUUUUCAGAGCUUUGCUGAUGUACCAAGUUUGGAAAAGGGAAAUCGAGUUAUGCUUUUCAAGAGUCUAUCCCAAUAAGAAGUGGUUUUUUUUUAGUGCUGCACAGAAAAUUUUGCAACGUUAGAUGUUUUAAAAAGGAGUUCUUUUACUUUUUUUUCUUUUACAGUGACUGCACUAUUCUGCAUUACCGAACAAAUUUGUUUUGGAGAAAAGAAAGCUUUAAAGUUUAUUGUAUUUAUUUGUGAACUAUGACCAAUUACUACACAACUAGGCAUGUCCAGUUUAUAUAAUGGACUGUCUAAAACAAGUAUGACUGAAGUAAGUAAGACUGAAAAGUAUGAUGUGGAAUUUGAUUUCGGCUUCAGGAAAAUUUUAUUUACCCCUGAUAGUAAAAACAGCUCCAUUUACUUAACCAGUGAAGGAUGUACAGUUUUUUUAUGGUAUAAAUUUUUUUUAACCACUCACGGCAUUCACUGGGUAAAUACUGUGGGACUGCUGCAGCAUCAAGAGACUGAAUUAUUAAAUGGGAGACUGAAUUUUG